AUGUCUGCGACCGAUCAGGUUCGGAGCCUCUUGGAUGAGCUGAUGGGUGCAGCUAGAGAUGGAGGCGAGAAGCGUAUUGAAUUCGACGAUCCUCGGGUUUGUAAGAGCUUCCUUCUCGACUGCUGCCCUCACGAGAUUUUGGCGGGAACAAGGAUGGAUCUUGGCGAAUGUCCCUACUCUCAUGAAGUCGGCCUCAAGUCGGAUUAUCGUCGAGAAGCUGCGAAAAGGCCCUACUAUUACGAGAUAGACGCUUUGCGACAUCUAGAAGCCUUUAUCGCCGAGAGCAAUCGUCGGACUGAGCACGCCAAAGCCAAGUUGAAGGAGACACAGGAAGAGUUGACCGAAGAGGCUGCUGCCCAGGUUGAGAAGAUAAACAAACUGAGUGAGGAGAUCGGUACAACGUUGGCAAAGGCUGAGCAAAAGGGGCAUGAGGGCCAUGUGGAGGAGUCCUUGGAGCUUAUGAAGCGCGUGGAGGAACUAAAUGCCGACAAGGCAAAACAUGAGGCGGAUUUGCGGAACGCCAUCCCAGUUAGCACCUAUCAACAACAGAAAUUGCGUGUUUGUGACGUUUGCUCAGCGUACCUCGGUGUGCACGACAAUGAUAGACGUCUUGCGGAUCAUUUCGGCGGCAAGUUGCACCUGGGUUUCAUCACAAUCCGAGAGAAACUGGAGGCACUGAAGAAGUAUGUGGAAGAGAAUGAUCUGGUUAGGAAGCAGCGUGAAGAUGCCUCGCUUCCACGAAGAGAGCCGAGGAGGGAUAGUAGAGAUAGAGAUAGGGAGCGAGAUCGAAGUCGAGACUGGGAUCGUGAUCGUGAGCGAAGUAGGGAGCACAGGCGUCGACGAAGCCGCUCUAGAAGCCACUCGCGGAGUCGUCGACACGAUAGGCAUCACAGAUCAAAUGGUAGCAGGCGUCAUCGAGAUGACAGUCGCGAGAGAAGACAUCGGCCGAAGAGUUCGCGUGCUUAUGACGAUUAG